UCAGCUCAUCUGUCCUUUCUAAACCAGUGUGUCUCUUCAUAUUUGUGGAAUGAAACAUUUGAAUAUUUUUGACAGAAUUUGGUUCUGUUUGUGUAUGUUGGAUCUGAUUGGUGUGUUUGCUGAUUCAGUUGCAGUGAAGUCAGUGUCUGUGAAGGAAGGAGAUUCAGUCUCUCUACAGACUAACACUGAACUACAGACAAAUGAUGAGAUAAUGUGGACAUUUGGCCAUGCAGAGACUCGUAUAGCUGAAAUCAUAAAAAGUUUCGGAAGAUUCUCUGCAUAUGAUGUUCUUGAUGGGAGAUUCAGAGACAGACUGAAUCUGGAUCAUCAGACUGGAUCUCUGACCAUCACAAACACCAGAAACACAGACUCUGGACUUUAUGGAGUGGAGAUCAUCAGGAACAGGACAUUGAUAUCAUACAGAUUCAAUGUUAGUGUCUAUGGUGUGUUUGCUGAUUCAGAUGCAGUGAAGGCAGUGUCUGUGAUGGAGGGAGAUUCAGUCAUUCUACAGACUAACACUGAAACACAGACAGAAGAUGAGAUUAUUUGGACAUAUGGACAUCCAGAGACUCGUAUAGCUGACAUUGAUACAAAGCAUAUAAUUUUCUCCACAUUUGAUGUUCUUGAUGGGAAAUUCAGAGACAGACUGAAGGUGGAUCAUCAGACUGGAUCUCUGACCAUCACAAACACCAGAUCCACAGACUCUGGACUUUAUCAAGUAACCAUCAGGAGCAGCAUGAGACAGCUCACAUACAGAUUCAAUCUUACUGUCUCUGACUCUGUUUAUUGCUGUGAUUCUGCUCAAGCUGUGAUCCGAUUGGUCGUCACUGCUCUGGUGGGCGUGGCUGCCGCCGCUGCUGUUGCUGUUCUGGUUUAUGACAUCAGAUCCAGAAGGGCUGAACAGGAUGUUUAAUUACUGUUUUUUAAAUCUUUCUGUAUUCAUCUUCCCGUAAAUACUGAAAUCUGAACUUUGUUUGUUAGUUUGAAUCUUAACUUGAAUCUUAGUUUGAAUCUCAUUAUUAAAGGUAUAGUUCACACAAAAAA